GGUAGAUACCUGGCACAUUAAGCUGUCUUAUGGUGUGGCUUAGAACUCCCAAAGUUAUUCAGACCAUCCUUGGGAUGGACAGUCCAACUCAUGGUUUUCAGCCGCACUUGCCGAUUUCCAGAUUACCUACCUCUUUGUUCUUCCAUCACUUUUUUGCUCAAUUCGGGCACUUACCUAUCCCAAUUGCUUAGUCGGUUGAUUGAUCUAUGGUCGACGAUUCAAACCCUCCAUCUCAACUGUCACUUCGAAUAGGCCUUCUGCAUUGCUGUCAAAUCCACCGUGUUCUUCACUAGAAACCGGACAAUACCUCUGAGCUUGAAGCCCACUGUCUCACCUUCAAUUCUAUCUACCUAUCUUUGACUUCCACUUCUCUCGUUCGCCUUGCGGUAAGGCACCUCCAAAAUGCCCCGGGCCGAGCCUACCUUUGGGCACUCCCGCGGAGGUAUACAGCAUCAGAACAAAACCUCCGAUGUCGAAGACGUCCUGAAGGCGGCAAGCAAGGUGGAUUUUUCGAACAUAAAAGAGACCAAGAAAUUUGUUAAAGAAUUCAAGGAUCUCAUUGGCGGCACAAGUUCAGAGGAAAUUCAGAAGGCCAAAGAUGCAAGCACAGCCCGUCCCCCGCCCAACGCAACGGUCUUCCACAAGCUGGCCGAAGUGCCGGCCCUUUUCGACCAGUACAAAAAAUUCAUUGAAUGGGCAUUUAAACGCAACUACAAGCUGCUUGGAUGGGAAAACAAGAAGUGCGAUACUCCACUACACCUUGCCAUAGAGUGCAACAACCACGAGUUUGUCCGGCUGGCGUUGGAGAAGUUGGAGGACAAAGUAACUCGAAGUUCAAAGCCGGAAACUUUCAAGGCAAUCAGGACUGUCCUGGGAAAGGGUGAUCAAGUUGGCCUUACCUGUCUGCACAAGGCGAUCAGCAACGCAAGCCCGUUCACCGAGACCAUCAUUGCCAUCUUGUGGAACCUUGUGCAACAAACAUCCAUGGGCAGCCAUAAGCACCGCGAAGCCAACGAAAGUGACUCAGGUUCGGAGAGCGAGAUCGAAAUGACAACUUCCAAGUUGGACAGGCUCGAAGACAAUGUAUUCAUUGCCAAGAGUUCAAGCCUCGACUACAGGGGAGGAUGGACGGCCCUCCACUUUGCCGUCCGAAUACACGCGGAGGACCACCAGCAGAGGGCAACUGAGGAGGAAUUCCGCGAAAAUAUAGAGAGGCGUGCGAGACAACAACCCAGCGAACCCCUUCGACCUGACAAGAAGCCUGCGACCAAUGGGCCUCAAGCUGUUGUAAGCCAAGCCUCCCUCUCAAGCACUGACAGCAAUGGGGAACGGACGGCCCUCCGGGACUUUGCCGUCCAAAUCGGUAGCAAAAACGAGGAGCAUACUGCUUCCAAGACACCUGGCAAAGAAGCUGGUGUUGACGCAUCAAACGGCACAAAUGGAGCACCCCCCAAUGGAGACAUUGAAGCAGGCCGUGUACAGCGACAUGAUUAUUGCCAGUCAACCAUCAUCGAAAAACUCAUCAAAGCAAACCCCAAGGCUCUCAUCAUCGAGGAUAAAGAGUGCCGCACCCCUUUCCAGCUCCGCUUAGAGUUGAAAACACAGCAAAGACAUGAGGAAGCACGGCAGAGGGAAGAGGAAGCACGACAAAAGAAGCAAGAACAGCAAGCACGUGAGAGAGCUGCAGUCGAGCAGGAGAUACGGCAACCGCGUGGAGGACAGAACAUUGGAAUGAGGGGGGAGGAGCGAGGAGGAACGGUGAUGAGGGAGGGGAAGAUGAGGAAGCCGACGAGAAAACAGAGGAUGAUGAGGAAGAGAGUGAAGAUGAGGAAGAGAAUGAAGAUGAGGAAGAGAAUGAAGAUGAGGAAGAGGAUGAUGAUGAGCAAGGAGAGGGGACUGGGCAAACCAAGGACCAGCAGAAAGAUGAAUAUUUAUCACGUGGUUUGAGCGCAUCCGACUCUAGAGGUACGAACAAAGGUACCUCUACUUACGCCCGACAGUUUGGGUGUAUGCCAAGUCACGAUUACAAACAAGAGGUCCAACUGGCGAACGAGGAUGGGGUGCUGCGUUGGAUUCGCGAGUACGUCAUAGACAACUUCGAUCGGAGGGCGGCAAUGAAGGCUCUCUACAGAGUGGGAUAUGAGAGAACCAUUGAGUUUGACUUGAC